AUGUCUGGAAGGCUGUGGUCCAAGGCCGUUUUUGCCAGUUAUAAACACAUAGCUCUUCUUAAAACUAAAGGUGUUUAUGCUCGAGAUGAAACUGAAUGCUAUCUGGGCAAGAGAUGUGCUUAUGUGUACAAAGCAAAGAACAACACAGUGACUCCUGGUGGCAAACCAAACAAAACCAGAGUAAUCUGGGGAAAGGUAACUCGUGCUCAUGGAAAUAGUGGCAUGGUUCGUGCUAAAUUCCGAAGCAACCUUCCUGCUAAGGCCAUUGGACACAGAAUUCGUGUAAUGCUGUACCCCUCAAGGAUUUAAAUUUAUUGAAAAGUAAAUAAAAUGGAUUUGUU